AUGGAAUCGAACAGUAAUUUUAUUGAAUUGACAACCGGAAGAAAGAAUCUUGAUUUGAUAUCUGAUAUCAAGUUUUCCAAAAACAAUCAGUAUCAAUUGUUGAUUGGUACUUGGGGUAGUAAUUUGCUUUUAUACAAUUGUCGUUCAUUUACAAAUUAUCCUCAUGAGCCAUUGCCGAGAGAGCCCAUAUGUGAAUUGAAUGUUGCUGAUACUCCAUUGAGUAUACUCUACCCGGGUAAUAGCAAUACAAACAGUCAAGCACCACCAAUUGUUGGAUUAUUAGAUGGCUCAGUACGGCAAGUUGAUUUUGAAAAUGUGAAGCUUGGCAAGAAUAUGGGUCACACAUUUGAAGGUGAGGAUGUGCGAAAUGGUAUCAAUCACUUGUGCCAAGGAGUAAACAAUUCCGUCAUAGCCAGUUCAUUCAGGGGUAAUUUACAACUCCUAGAUCAAAGAUUGCAGAAGCCAUUGAACAAUUGGAAGAAUGGCAGAAAGGUUUUGACUAUGGAAUCCACUGAAAAAUACUUGAUUCUUGGAUUGGCGGGGAAUGUGGUUGAAGUUUAUGACUUAAAUAAAUUGGGAUCGUCUACAGCACCAGCUCCAUUGGAAACUAGAGAGGUGGGAUUAAAAUAUCAAGUAACUGAUAUCAAAGCAUCUCUCGACCAAAGCGCCCUCGCAAUGUCAUCAAUUGAUGGUAGAGUGUCCAUAGAAUACCUUGAUCUUUCAUCAGAAUCACAACAGGAGAAAAACUUUGUAUUCAAGAGUCAUCGGCAUUUUGACAAAGAAUCAGGGACCGAUUUGGUCUAUCCAAUAAAUUCCCUAGCAUUUAGAAAGCACGUUAGUCGGAGUAAUUUGUUAUUCACAGCCGGUUCAGAUGGAUAUCUUUGUCUAUGGGAUAUUAACAAGAGGAAACGAUUGAAACAAUAUCCAAGAUUCCAAACUUGUGAAAUAGAUGGUUUACCACUGGAAGAAGUGACCACGGAAAGCAUAGCGAAAAUUGAUGUAAGUCACACUGAUGACUUAAUAGCCGUUGCUACGAGUGACGAUAAUUACAAAAGAAGGCGGCGAUUGUCCGAAAGUGAAAAUUCUAGGUUGCCUAGUCGGGUGUACGUCAAACACUUGAAGAAUUAG